AACGGGAGCGUUGCGAUUUUCCUUGUCGAAAAUACAUUUUCCCGAACACGUCGCGCGCGCGUAGUUUUUUUUUUUUUUUCGGAAAAGACCGCGAGCGGAAUAGCUUUCGACGCAAAAGUUGCUCAUUUUUCAUCGUCUUCAAAAAGAAACUUUGCUUUAUGUCUUUAUAGAGAAGUUUCAGACUACUUAAGAAAGUUUUCGGUCGAAGAGCGAACAUAGUUAAAUUUAUAUGCCUCUUUCUAUAUUAUGCUUUCGAAGAAUGUGACAGUGGGUUAGAUUCUAUGCCCAAGUUUUUAUUCGGAAAACGCGGAAAUAGUGUUGAAGUGAAGUGUGAUUUAUUGAAGCGAAAAGUGGUUUAUGUUGAGUGGGUUUUUUUUUCUGGUGACAUUCUAUUAAUAACUGAAGCCUGAAAGUAAAUGUAGUGUUGUAUUGUACUUUGGAUUUCCUAAUGGUAUCAACAAAAUGUUUUCGACUAUUAUCUUGGCAUUUUUUAGCUGUAGCAAUCCGUUGGGCCUGCGUGUUCAUUGCCGUGGAUGUUUUGUCAAAAUGUACAGCUCAAAUCGAAAACGGUGACACCGAAUUGGUUACUCCUGAACCCACUCUGGUUCCGGAAUAUGUGAAUCCAUAUCCAAUUACACAUCCGUGCUAUCGAUUUGCUGACAUCACCAAUAAGGAAUUUUUCAGUCCGGCCUAUCCACCUGAUGCUGCUACUUAUCCUAAUAACACAAAUUGUGCAGUAGUUUUAACAGCUCCUAGAAAUCACGUGAUCGAAUUAGAUUUCCGGGACGAGUUCGAAAUCGAAAAAUCGCCGGACUGCAAAAACGACUACUUGGAAGUUCGGGACGGCCAAUAUGGAUUUAACCACGUCUUGCUGCACUUUUGCGGCAUCCACGAAUUUCCACCGAACGUCAGAUCGUCCAACAGACACCUGUGGGUCUACUUCAAAUCGGACGAGAACAUCGAGGGUAGAGGAUUUAGGGCCGUCUUCGAUUUUGUACCACGUGCAAACAAAUCUAACAAUCCAGAAACCAAAGAAUGCAAAAAGGAGAUUAGCUACCAGGAAGAAGGCAAAUUUUCCAGGGACGAUAUAGAUACAGACAUAAUUGAGUUUGAUAAGUUGCACGACUUGCCAAUCGACUGUAUGUGGGUGAUAACUGUAAGAUUAAAUUGGAGGAUCCAGCUUCAAUUCGAACGAUUUGAACUGGACAGUCCGAACGAUUGUGAAUCGAAUUUCGUCGAAGUAUUUUCCAACGAUACCAUCAACUCGAAGAAAAAGUUUUGUGGUUCGAUAGCCGAUACAGUUUUAUCGGACACCAGUCACAAUGUGUUGAUUGUACGGUUUUAUUCACAACAUUUUCGAAAUAAGACAACUUUUGCUGCCAAUUUUACGGCCUUUAGGGAGUACACAAAAGAAAAAUCGAAAACGAAAAAUUGUGCAGACGAUGAGUUCGAUUGCGACGAUGCCACUUGCAUAUCAGCCGGCUUAAAGUGUAAUGGAGUUUAUAACUGUAGAUUUAGGUGGGACGAGGAUAACUGUAAUGGAAGUGAAUCAUGGGCCCUCACUGACGACCAUAUUGUGAUAAUUAUGGUUAUCUUCUCCUUAAUUUUAACAGGAAUGUUUUUCACGUUUAUCUACAACUGCGUUAAGAAGUUGUUGCGGGACCAUCAGACAAUACAGGAAUUUAAACGCAGCAGGGAACAACUAGAUAAGGAUAACGAAGACGAUCGAAGGUCCUCGAAAAGGGAGAACAACGGACAGAACAGAACGCCCUCGGUGGAAUCCACUAGGUUCGGACCGUCAGAUUCCGUGAAUACUCCGUGCUACGUCCCAGGAGAUGAUAUUUUACCGAUAUUAAUAAAGAACUCGCAUCACACUGUCCCGUCCAAUGGCAGCAUGUACAAUCAAAAUAUUUACACGGUGGAUAAUGAUAUACCGAAAAUGUGCGAUAGCGCCUGUCAGACUAGAGAGAGUUUGUUUACAACACAGGAAUACAGUUCAGGAAAUAGCACUCCGAACAAUAGCAUCCACACCAAUUCUCCGCCGGCGCCGUUCAGCACCUUUGGCUACAAUAGGAAAGCUGCUGAUAACAAAUUUAAAGCCGAAGCGAAAAUAGAGAUGCAUCACGAGAAGUCUGCGACGCCGAUGUCCAAAUAUGACAAAAGGUACAGCGUCCAAACGACCAAAUCGGCGCCGGACGUAAUAGUGACCCACUGACAUAUGCUAGAAAACGAUUGGGAGCCAUACAAAAGGAGACACCCUCGGCAAUUUGUGCGUUCUUCCAGAGUGGACAGUACUUUUGAUGUUGAUUCGAACGGAGGGACUCAACCCUAAACUCUGAUUUUCAACCGUGAUACUUCUUACGUUUGUUUUUAUACGGUAAAGUUAACACUAACGGUUAAUCAUUGCUGAGCUAACACAAAACGUGACGAUUUACAAGUCAAGGGUUAACCAGCAUAUUAACUUGGAUUUAUAACAAUGGCCCUUAGUAUUGUUUUUGUUUAUAUUGUAUAUCGAUUUGUUGACAAUCUGUGUUGACUGUUUUUAAAUGAACUUGACAAUUAUGAGUAAAAGCUUGAGUUGUAUAUACUUUUAUUUGUGGCAAAAUAUCAUUAAAACUCAAAUCAGAAUAAAUUAAGAUAUUAGAGGAAUACUAAGUUUUUUCUUUGUUUUCAAUUAAUUGAGUUGCUAUCAAUCUUCAUGAACCUUUUUCCCCAAAAAUCCUUCUCAACUUAGUAUUUAAAGGCUUUUAAAAUGAUAUAAAAAUGCCUUCAAGUAAGGCUUUUACCAUAAUUUUCAUAAAUAUAAAUAUUUACUGUAGAUAAAUUAAUGUUUUCAAUUUUUUUUUAACAUUGUCUGAUUGCCAGAAAUAUGUUAAUUGUUCGUGUAGAUUUCCCUAGUGCUGGAAAAUAUGGGAAAAUAUUUCUGGCACUCGGUAUACAUCUUAUCUUUCUGUUAACUUUUUCUCUUGUAAUUUUUUUAAAGAUAAUUUUUGGCAUUUUCAUAUAAUGGAAUGCUGUUUCUCCUUAAAUAAAAUGUUUGUAAAUAAAAAAUAGGCACUUUUUGUAUCUAUUCCUUCCUUAAAUAAAAUUUAUAACAAAAUUAUUAU